CCAAUGCAGGCCGCCGCCCUCCCUGAGGAGAUCCGUUGGCUCCUGGAAGAUACUGAAGAGUUUCUUGUGGAAGUUUUGCGGAAUGAAAACCUCAGUGUUGGUGCAAGGGACCACAGAGACCAUAUUGUACGGGGCUUUCAGCAAAUCAAAGCUAGGUACUACUGGGAUUUUCAACCCCAAGGGGGAGAUCUUGGACAGGACAGCUCUGAUGAUAAUCACAGCGGAACUCAAGGCCCUCCUCUCACAGCAGAUGCAGCCUUUUCGUCAGAUUAUCAGGAUGAGGGAAUGGAAGACAUCCUAAAAGGAGCUCAAGAGCUUGAUAACAUCAUCAAGCAAGGGUACCUGGAGAAGAAAAGCAAAGAUCAUAGUUUCUUUGGAUCCGAGUGGCAGAAGCGAUGGUGUGUUGUCAGCAGAGGCUUCUUCUACUACUAUGCUAAUGAGAAAAGCAAGCAGCCCAAAGGGACCUUCCUCAUUAAAGGCUACAGUGUUCGGAUGGCCCCCCACCUGCGAAGAGAUUCCAAGAAAGAAUCCUGCUUUGAACUGACCUCCCACGAUAGGCGCAGCUAUGAGUUUACAGCUACUAGUCCAGCUGAAGCCAGAGACUGGGUGGAUCAAAUAAGCUUCUUGUUAAAAGAUCUGAGCUCCUUAACCAUUCCAUAUGAAGAAGAAGAGGAAGAAGGAGUGGAAGAAGAGACGUAUGAUGACAUAGAUGGUUUUGACUCCUCAAAUUCUGGUUCCCAGUGCAGACCCAUUAUCUUGCCUGGGAAUGUGGGGAUAAAAGAGCCUUCAGGAGAAAAAGAAGAAGAUAUUUAUGAAGUCUUACCAGAUGAAGAGCAAGAUCGAGAAGAGGAUGAGAGUGACACUCAACGAAAAGGAGCAGACUAUGCCAGUUAUUACCAGGGCCUGUGGGAUUGCCAUGGUGACCAGCCAGAUGAACUGUCCUUCCAACGCGGUGACCUCAUCCGCAUUCUGAGCAAGGAGUAUAACAUGUAUGGCUGGUGGGUUGGAGAACUGAACAGUAUCAUUGGGAUUGUUCCAAAGGAGUAUCUCACCACCGCCUUUGAAGUGGAAGAAAGAUGAAGCCCAGGAAACGUAUUUUCUCUAUCCUGCCUCCAUGAAGACACAGAUCAUCAAGAGCUUUUACUCCCCACUCCUGCCACCUCACCAACACCACGGACUCCUCUCUUUAUAGAAGGGACCUAAUUCUCUGUCACCUUAUAGUGCCUGUAAACCACCAGUAAGACGGGUGGGACGAGGCAUCUUCAUCACACCUGCUACUAAACCAGCCCCGUCAUAGCUCAGCCCGUCUAAACGUAGUCACUCACCCACAUCUGCCUUUUCCACGGGCUUGUCACAGAGAAGGUGAGAGAGACGGGAACCUGGGGAAGAGGAAGUUGCUAGUUGUUUUGGCGGUUUUGAACAGCACAAAUAAAGUUCAGAUUUGGUUUCCUGCCUUGUGUGAUGGUGUUGAGUUCCUUUUUGUCAUGGUUUCAAACUGUGGGCUCCAGGGUUUUUCACAGCCUCCAAACAAAGUGGAAAGGGACAGGGAAGAAAAAAAAAAACAGAAGCCUAGACAGAGGAGACUUGGAUUGCCUUCCAGAAUAGAACCCUCUCUGGUACCCAGGUC